AAUGGAUGCGCUGGUCAUGUGUGUUGUCGAGAGGUUACCAGCUGUGGUGGGUUCGUAAACGUGAUUUGUUUUCUUAUCGAUCAGAGACAGAGACAGGAGGAGAGAUUCGAGUUAGGUGUGCCGGGGAAUGUGUUUGUGUGUGUGUGUGUGUGUGAGUGAGAGAGAGAGAGAAUUAUUAUAUCUCUUCUGUCUCUUUCCUAGUGUUUUUCCUCAUUUGUCUGGGUCUGGGUGGAAUUAAUCGCACUGACGCUCUCUCUCUCUCCCUCCGAAAACAUCGGUUUGCCAUCUUCGAGGCUUGUAUAACCUUCCACUCCUCAUGCAACUAUAGUUAUGAAGAAAGGGUAAUUGUUGGACCCGGAGGAGCAAGGAGAAUUCCAGGGCAGGCGUCUGUCUUCAUAGAUAUAAAGCGGAUAUUGCUUUACCGCUGUAAAUCAGUCUCAAAAGUUCUCUGGGUUGAAAUGUGUUAAAACAACGUUUACCUAUUACGUAGGCACGCCGGCUAACCUGUGCCCUACACCCUAAAACCAAAUCACACCCACUUCCCCACCACAACCACCCUGAACACAUAACACACUCCAACAUGCACACACCAACAUUAACACCAGUACACACACCGUACACCGAAGGUCGAUGCCAAAAGCCACUAAUUUGUUUCGGAGCACUUGGUUAUAAUUGACAUCGAUCCCCGUCAUAUCAGGCCUGUUCACCUCCGGUAUCGACCUCUACCCAUUCGCACGUGUCAUAUGCGCAUCUACCUGACUAUACACAUACGCUGAAGGAGGGAAAGAAUCACGCCAGGGGAUAAGGCAAGUCCAGCUUUACGCAGACCCCUCUGGCUAGAUUCCAGUGAAAGACGACGACGACGACGACAACGACAACGACAUGAGGCGCUACAACCGAACUCGUGUUGUGGUGUUCAACGCACCGUCCGCCGCCAUGUGGGGGCGCCCCAUCACCAGCAGACGACAGUUUCAAGCCGCGCUGUAUGGUCUGAUUGCCUUGACUGUCUUUGGCUUCUGUCUGGCCUUCUACGUCACUACGUCACACACUGACCAACGUAGAGACCAAACACCUCAACUUUCUUGGCUCGACUUAACCUGGGAAGCAGGCCUUGACCACCAAACGGCUGGCCACACCGAGGACGGCUUAGACAUCACGUGGUACAGUGAACUUCACACUCGAGCACGCCUGCAAUCAGCCCUGGCAACGAUGAACGCCAAGGUGAUGUUUGAGGGCAACGUCAGGGUUCACUUGUUAGUUCUGCCUGACCCCGUGGAGGAGCUGUUAAUGACGUCAUCAAAUGAGGUCGUUGGAGACAUCAGCCUAGAGGAGUGGCUGGACAUGGUCAUAGCUUCUGGCAAAGGUGGCAUCAAGCUCAACUUCAAGGACGCUGACGGCUUUGAGCAGGCGCUGACAUUGCUGGCAGACAGGGCGGCGGGACUGAGAGAAACACCUGUGUGGGUGACCGUGUCCGUUGCUAGUGGUCCAGGUGGUUCUGGAGAAGGCAUGAUGGACGCUGGAUGGUACACGCGGAUCAUCGAUAGAACAUUUCCACAGGCGCAGCUGGUCUUCGGGUGGACGUACCCGUGUUGUGAAGCGUCAGGUGACAGUAGCUUUGGCCGCGGCAACAUGGAGACCAUGCUCAGCGUUUGUCGGAGUCUUAACCGGCCUGUUGUCAUCAGUGCCCCAGCAGUUAAAGCUGCUUCCGCAUGGCAGCAUUUCCGCUGGCUUCUAGAACGUUCGGAGAAGCUGCGUCUGCUGCUGUGGUCACCACAGAACGACAGCUCGUGGACAAACAGCAGUGUGUACGACUUGCUCAUCAUCAGGAACGACUGGAGUAAGAGAAGGAUUUUCUAUGACCUGCCGGAGGAGCGUCUGCAGGAGUUUCGCCAGGUGGCGUCCACAGCCGGGAGUCCUCUGGUGUAUUUCGACGUCCUCGAUAUGGAUGCUGGGAAGGUCACGUGGGACCACAGUGCCAACAGCAUGAGCCACCUUUCCCGUGCCCUGCGUGGCGAAGCCAUGAUGCUCGAAGCUGAUGUUGCCCUCCAAGGACAGGGCACUCCCAACCAGACGGACCUUCCGGUGAUGACGCACCGUUCUCCACUGACCACCAGCAACUUCACGCUCAGCCAGUGGCUGGACCUGGUCCUGACCUCAAAGAAAGGCAUCAAGCUAGACUUCAAAAGCACCGAGGUGAUCGUACCUGCCCUGAAAGUCCUGCGGGAAAAGAGAGCUCAUCUGCAACGCCCCGUGUGGAUCAACGGCGACAUCUUGCGGGGACCAAACGGCCUGCAUGACCCCAUGAGGACUGACCACUUGCUGCAUUCUAUCAACGCCAUCUUCCCGGAAGUGACGGUCUCCUUGGGCUGGACUUCCGGUUGGACUUACGGGCAUGACAACGAGGCGUAUUCGUGGGAGAUGGUGGAGAGGAUGGAGAAAAACGCACGCAAAGUUCAUCAGCCGGUGACGUUUGCUGUGCGAGCGGUUCUUGCGCGCCGAUCGUGGGAGAAAUUUGAUUGGCUGUUACGCCAGUCCCGCCGAUACACCGUCACACUGUGGGCCCCAGUGACGUCACACGACAAAAUAAUGAAGUCAGAUAUGGACUACGUCCGGCAGCAGUCAGAGAGAGGCCGUGUGUAUUUUGACAUUCCCCAAGAUGUCAUGCCCAGUCUUCACUAACAGGAGGCCUCGUAAUGAAAACAAAGAUGACCCGACAGUCGCAGCUUUUCAUCAAAGAAAUGUGACAU